AUGGAGUUGAAGAAGGUAUUCAACGCUCCCCAGGUAAACCAGAUUAACACCUGGGAUCUGACACCGGUCAGCAACCAUGCCUCUACCUCGCAGUUGUUUCCGAGUCCGGACAGUGGGAACGACAAGCGGCCCGACUCUGUAGCCGCGCAGCUGAGGAUAAAGUGCGGGUGGAAGUAUCUCACUAUGGAUACGUGGUAUGGGGAGACGUUUCUUUUGACUUUUAGUUUUUUCAGCUUCCUCGCUAUUGUUGUUGUCCUGGCGGUUUAUGACGAGAAGCCAUCGCCGAGUCUCAAAUGGGGUCUCAAGCUGAACACAAUCAUUUCCAUCCUGGCGACCGCGUGUAAGUCGUCUUUGAUAUUUGUGGUUAGCGAGGCGAUGGGGCAGUUGAAAUGGAUUUGGUUUUGGACGGGAAAGAGAAAACUCAAAAGCUUGCAGACUAUUGAUGAAGCGAGUCGGGGCCCUUUGGGUUCGGUCUCGGUUCUAUUCUCGCGUCCUAGGAAAGGACGUGCGUUGAUCAUGUUUGGGGCCGCAAUCACUCUCCUGGCUCUGGCAUUCGAGGCGUUCAUGCAGCAGAUCGUGAGUUAUCCCGUGCGACAAGUCGACGAUGACACCGGCCAGGCGGUAGCAAAACGAAAUGAAUUUCUCUUCGACCUUGAAUCUUAUGGUGAUCACGAGGAAGAUAUCGUUGGCGCAAUCUACGCGGGGGUGUGGACAACAAAUUUCAGACUGGAUCCAACCUGUCCAUCCGGAAACUGCACCUGGCCACCUUUCCAGUCGAUUGGCUGGUGCAGUCAAUGCGAGGAUAUUACCUCCCAAGCGACCUUGGCCAAUUGUACCGACAUUCCCGAGGACACGGACAUGACUGAGCCGCAUGUGUACCCCUGCAACGUGACUGUUCCGGGGGGGAACUGGGCUUCUUUCCCCAUCCACGUGUCCAAGACGCGUGGCGUGGCCAUGCUGGAAAUGCCCACGGAUAUGGUUUGGACGGUCGGUAUAAGGCCGCUUGGGGAGUAUGCCGGGGUCGAAAAUCCGCUGGUCGUGCUCGCAUAUGCUAAGAUGCACGAUUACCCUGUUAGCACACCGUCGCACCCGGAAAAGGACAUGAAAAUCGACAACGUCACCCAAUGCGUGUUGUCCCCAUGCAUGCGGACUUACAGUGUUUCUGUGUCUGGUGGAAAUCCAACCACCCACCUGUCUCCACCAAGUUGGGGAGAACUCGUUGAUGAUGGCCGUAACAUCAGUGACAGCUACAAUGCAGUGUUCCAGUCCACGGCCGGUAACCUAACGGCCGGGGUCUCUUCGUCGUUUGUUUAUAAUUUCAAGUUCCUCCAUGAUUCUAUAGAAUUCGCAACGCUGUAUAACUACUACGGUAAUGACAUGUGGAAUCAGUCGGGCGAGACUUAUGAAGACAGUCUCAGGAGACUCCAAGUCGUUGGUGCGGAGGAAAUUAUGCAGAACCUCGCUGCGUCACUGACCAGGUACGGGCUCGAAAACAGUACUGAAACUGUACAUGGAACUAUGUCCGUCUCUCGGGUUUAUGUAUCCGUGGAGUGGGAGUGGAUUACUCUCCCGGCCAUCGUCCUCCUCGCCUCAAUAGCUUUGUUCAUAUCAACGGUCGUGAAAAACAAAAAGCACGGACUGAAUCUGUGGAAAUCGGCUAUUCUACCAGUGUUGUACCAUGGUCUUGAUGAUGAUCUUUUGAGAGAUGGACCUGAAUAUGCAACCGUCAGCAAAAUGCAACGGACGGCAGCUGUACCGGUGGGAUUUGCACACUCGGAAGCUAGGAAUCGAUUGAUGUUCCGGAGAUAA